AUGCCUCACUCAGACCACUCUCCAUCCCCACAGCGCGAGUCAUUUCCCGAUCUCCCAACAUUUCCCGACAACGUACCCACCGCGCCUUUACUGCGUAUUUCUCUCCAAAAGCUCCUUGAGCACGACGACGAAGAACAAAACAGGUGCUGGCAGGCUUGUUGCGAGCUAGGUUUCUUCUACCUCGACGUACGCACCUCUGACACGCGCGUCGAUGAUAACAAUAAUAACAACAGCAAUGCAAGCCAUUCGUCUAUCGUCGAUGGCAAUGCGUUACUUGAAGAUGUGGACAAGCUGUUCAAUGUGAUGCAAGACUUCUACGAUCUAGAUGUCACAGAGAAGUUCAAAUACGACUUUAAAGACCAGGGCAGUUACUUUGGUUACAAGGGAUACGGCGAAGGCAUCGUUGACAAGCAAGGGACGAAAGAUAGGAAUGAGUUCUACAAUGUACGUUUUGCCUCUUCUUACUUUCCCAUCUCCAUCUCGAAGACUCUUCAAUUGCUGACAUGCCACCUCCAGAUCUCCAAAGACGAUAUCCUUGGUAUCAGCAAACCUCUUCCUUCUCCAGCCGUUCUAAACCCACACCGCGGCCUGUACAAAUCUUACAUCACCUCUUCACAUGCAAUUUGCAUGCUCAUCGCCUCGUUACUUUCUUCCCGCCUGCCCUUGAAACAGGACGUGCGCGAAGCGGGCGAUCUACCCGCGAUCCACCGCUUGAACGCUGCAUCAGGGGACCAAAUCCGCUUCGUCAAGGCGCCACCGCAGGAACAAUCGCUCAAGGGUGUGGCGCUAGGUGAACACACAGACUUUGGCAGUGUAACCGUUCUGUUCAAUCGUUUGGGUGGCCUGCAGGUCAGAUUGCCAGAACAUACAUUACCUCUUGCACCGACGUCCACAUCUCCACCGCCUACAGACGUCGAGAAGAAGCUGUGUGAAGAUGGGUGGACGUAUGUACGUCCUUUACCCGGACACUGUAUCGUUAACCUUGGAGAUGCGCUUGUCAAGUUCUCGAACGGGACGUUGAGGAGUAAUAUACAUCGUGUUGUUGCUCCGCCAGGCGAACAGGGCAGUGUUACCAGGUACAGUCUUGUAUACUUUUGUCGACCUGAGGACGAUGUCGUGUUGAGGAGUUUGGUAGAAGGUGGGGCGGAGGAUGUGGAGGAGCCGGUUACAGCGAAAGAAUGGAUACUUCGGAGGGCGCUGGGACGGAGGAAGGCAGAUGGAUGGGACAAGAGUGGUGGGACGGAGGGAGUAAGCAUGAGAAGCGGGGGUAUGAGAACGUAA